AUGGAUUCUCUCAUUGCAGCAAACUCCAAAUUUUGCUUUGAUCUUUUUCAAGAGAUAAGCAAAAAUGAUGGUGCUAAAAACAUCUUCUUCUGUCCUCUGAGCCUCUCAGCUGCCCUUGGCAUGGUCCGCCUGGGGGCCAGAAGUGACAGUGCACAUCAGAUCGACCAGGUACUCCACUUCGACGAGUUAUCCCAGGAGAAAAGCGCAGCGCCCGACCCCUGUCUGAAGUACAGAGAGCGCCGGGUGCUGGCCGACAGCUCCCUGGAAGGGCAGAAAGGAGGGACCAAGUCUCCGAGUCCGCAGGCGGAGUCUUCAAAGGAGCAGAAUGAACUUCUCAGCUGCUACUUUGGGCAGCUUCUCUCCAAACUAGAUAGGAUCAAAGCCGAUUACACCCUGAGUAUUGCGAACAGGCUUUACGGAGAGCAGGAAUUUCCAAUCUGUCCGGAGUACUUAGAUGGCGUGAUUCAAUUUUAUCACACAACGAUCGAAAGUGUUGACUUCCGGAAAGACACUGAAAGGUCUAGACAGAAGAUUAACUUCUGGGUUGAGUCUCAAUCCCAAGGUAAAAUCAAAGAACUCUUCAGCAAGGACACCAUUAACAACGGGACGGUGCUCGUGCUGGUGAACGCUGUUUACUUCAAGGCCAAGUGGGAAAAUUACUUUGACGUUAAAAACACGGUGGACGCACCUUUCUCUCUAAGUGAGAAUGAAAAGAAGACUGUGAAGAUGAUGUAUCAGGUGGGUAUGUUCAGAAUAGGCUUCAUCGAGGAGGUGAAGGCACAGAUCCUUGAGUUGCCGUACACCAAGGGCAAGCUCAGCAUGUUUGUCCUGCUGCCGCCUGACUCUGCUGAUAAUCUAAAGUGCCUGCAGGAGCUUGAAAGGAAUAUCACCUAUGAAAAAAUAGUGGCCUGGAGCAGUUCAGAAAAUAUGCCAGAAAAAGAAGUAGCUGUCUCCUUUCCCCAGUUCACCCUGGAAGAUAGCUACGAUCUCAAUUCUAUCCUCCAAGACAUGGGCAUCACGGAUGUCUUUGAUGAAAAGAAGGCUGAUCUUACUGGAAUCUCUCCAAAUCCCAGUUUGUACCUAUCAAAAGUUGUCCAUAAAACCUUUGUGGAAGUGGAUGAAAAUGGCACCCAGGCCGUCGGAGCCAGUGGGGCCUCUGGCAGCGUAAUGUCUGCACCAUCCUGGGAGACCUUCAAUGCCGAUCACCCUUUUCUCUUUUUCAUCAGACACAACAAAAACCAAACCAUUUUCUUCUAUGGCAGGGUCUGCUCUCCUUGAAAGGAGCACAGUGUGUGGUACCUGGGAGCUGGAAGAAAAUGUCAAUGCAGUCUUACCCUGGCAUAACGUGGGCUUUUGAGUUUUGGCUACUAUCUAAAACAGAUGGAAUUUCAUCACAGUGCCACGCUCCCUUCCUCCAGCCAUUGGUCUGGGCUUGUCCUGCUCUCUGUCUCAUCCUGUAGUUGAUUUUCAUCUAAAUCCCUUAGUACUGAAGGACCCUUGCUGCCUCCCUCACCUCUCACCACCCUGAACUUUCAAGCAUAUAAAAAAAUUCUCCCUGUGUGACC